UUGAUGAACAAAACUGCAACCGCCAACUCACCCAAAAUUGCUUCUUUGCCAUUGAUUCAAACACUCACUCCUCUCAGUAAGCAUUCAUGAGUGAGUGGGAGACCAUUUCUCUCAUUCGGCAUCCCAAUUGAUACUGAAUAUCUGAGACCCGCGAAUUGAAAUUGCGGAGUAGUGCAUUUGGUAAGGCACGGAUUGAAAUUGCUCGGAGCUGUUGAUUUUGUGGGAAAUUGAUAGGCGGGAUCUCGAGAUUCUUGAUUUAGCUGGUUCUGUGUUCCGGUCCGAUCGAUGGGAUUGUGGAAUCGGCAUUGAAUUGGGGGAGAUUUGCGCGAGAGAUGCGCCGUCGGGCGGCCGACCUUCGGCGCCCGAUUCGGAGGAGGUUUUCGUGGUGGAUCUGGGUGCUACUUCUCUUGUUCUUGAUUGCAGGUUUUGCGCUGUUUGUUGUUCAGCAUAAUCAUCGAGAUGAGGAUCACAUCGAACAACCUGUUCUGGAGAUAAACCCACGAAUUGACAGGGUUGUUCAUAUGAACCGAAAUUUUACUGAAGAAGUAUUGAGUGCAAGAUCAUAUGCUAGACAAUUAGCAGAGCAAAUGACCCUUGCCAAAGCUUAUGUUAUUAUUGCAAAGGAACAUAAUAAUCUCCACCUUGCUUGGGAACUGAGUACAAAAAUACGAAGUUGCCAAUUGUUGCUCUCCAAGGCUGCAAAGAGAGAGGAGGCCAUAUCUCUAGAAGAAGCGGAACCGAUUAUUAGAAGUUUGUCAACCCUUAUUUUCAAGGCGCAAGACGCUCAUUAUGAUGUUGCAACCACAAUGAUGACGAUGAAAUCCCAUAUUCAAGCUCUUGAAGAGCGUGCUAAUGCUGCUACUGUUCAGAGCACCGUUUUUGGAGAGUUAGCAGCCGAAUCAAUACCCAAGAACCUUCAGUGCAUCGACAUUAAGCUCACGGCCAACUGGCUUCAGAACAAGUCGAUAGAGGAGCUUGCAAAUGAGAGUAGAAACUCGCCCCGACUAGUGGACAAUAACCUCUACCAUUUUUGUAUAUUCUCCGAUAACCUUCUGGCUGUUUCAGUUGUUGUCAAUUCCACCAUUUCAAAUGCUGAACACCCGAAGCAGCUCGUUUUCCAUAUCGUCACGAAUGGGGUGAAGUAUGGGGCAAUGCAGGCUUGGUUUCUUGGUAAUGAUUUUAAAGGGGCUUCCAUAGAAGUCCAAAGCAUUGAAGAUUUCACUUGGUUGAAUGCGUCGUAUGCGCCUGUUUUAAAACAACUACUUGAUGCUUCGCCAGAUAUCGAAGUUGAACACAAGUUCCGUAACCCGAAGUACCUCUCUCUGUUGAAUCAUCUUCGUUUCUACAUCCCGGAGAUUUAUCCUCAGUUGGAGAAGGUAGUUUUUCUCGAUGAUGAUGUUGUGGUUCAGAAGGACUUGACACCUCUCUUCUCGCUGGAUUUGCACGGGAAUGUGAAUGGUGCUGUCGAGACAUGCCUGGAAGCCUUCCACCGAUACUACAGAUAUCUCAAUUUCUCAAAUCCACUCAUCAGCACCAAAUUUGAUCCACAAGCCUGUGGAUGGGCGUUUGGCAUGAACAUUUUCGAUUUGGUUGGUUGGAGAAAGGAGAAUGUAACUUCAAAAUAUCAUUUCUGGCAGGAAAGGAACAUCGAUCGGUCACUUUGGAAGCUCGGCACACUCCCUCCGGGGCUCCUGGCUUUCUAUGGACUGACUGAGCCACUUGACCGGAGAUGGCACGUGUUGGGGUUGGGCUACGACCUGAAUAUUGAUAGCUGGUUAAUUGAGACAGCCGCAGUCGUUCACUUUAACGGGAACAUGAAGCCAUGGCUGAAGCUGAGUAUCGGCAGAUAUAAGCCUCUGUGGGAACAGUAUUUGGAUCAGAGCCACCAAUAUCUGCAAGAGUGUGUCACAAGUUGAUAAUCAUCAAGCUUUUAAUAUUUGCAGGUAUUUAAUUUAAUUACUUUUUAUUGUUUCAAAUAUUCAGAAAUCCAACUGCCUUAGUGUAGCCCCACCGAAAAUAGAAAAUUUUGACAUUUAUGAGGAAACUUUUUUCUUCUCACUCAUUUGAAGCUACUAUAUAUGGAACAUUUUAUCAUACAAUAGAAAGAAAACAUGGUAACAUCAGUCUUCUGCAAAUUGUAAUAUCAAAGUGUGUUUCCCUUUUAAAGCUUAUGAAUUUCUUGAUUUCCUAUUUUGUGAUAUGAUUAGUCGUCACACGACAUGUUAUGUUUAGAACUUGUUAGCCAUACGCUGUUAAUCAUCGCGCCAUCUGUUGCUGUGCAUUGCUUUGUGGAUGAGUCUGUUGCAGAAGGAAGAAAGAAUGAAUUGAUUUCAUCUUUGAGAAAACUCAAGUGCCCUUUUCUCGAUUUAUGCGUUUCUGCCUUUACGAGAGGCCAUGUUAAUCUUCUAUGUAUCGUUCCAAUUUUAUCGGAAGUUCGUGUAAAAUGUGUGCAUUAUAUCUUACAAGGUGAAAGUGUAUCAGUAUAGCCAACUGACAAACCCAUAGUUUAGGAUGGUUUUAGAGGUGAUGAAUCCAUGUUUUUGUUGAAUUAAGGUGUUUAUUAUAGGUUUCACCCAUUUAGUCAUCAGUUAGAUGAAGUAAUGAGUUUGUUGGAGUUUUGAAGUAAAAACAGUUUAAAACGGGCAAAAUUGAGCGAACAUGGUGAUUCUAGAGAGUUCGCCCGGUCGGACGUUUUUCAUUCGAAGAAACGCUCGCCCCCGGGCGUUUUGCAGAGAUUGCAGGUUCAGAGAGAACGCCCGGUCGGGCGUUUUGUUAUUUGUGGAUCACCCGGUCGGGCGUUUUACACAAACUCUUUAUUUUGCUGAUUUUUGCUCCGGAUAUAAAAGGAGACUUCACACAUUUGAGCCAUAAGUCCCACACGACGAUUCUAAGCAAGAGAGCAAGGUUUUGAAGAGGAUUUGAAGGCUUAGGAGCUUCCCCUCUCAAGAGAUUGAAGGAGAAGACUCCCCACCAUUAUUUCUACCAUAGGGAGUUCUAGAUUCUAUUUUCUAUCCAUGUCUUCUUUCAUUUGCUUUGUUUUUCCUUUUGUUUCAUCUUUGAACAUGAGUAGCUAGAUUUUCCUUAGGGAUGUGGUGAUGUUUGUAUGGAAUCCAUGGAUUGAUCCUUGAUUUAUGCUAUCUAUCUCUUGUGUUGGUUUUUGUUGAUUA